CCGUAUAGUGUUUCGCCGGCAUAACUGAUCCUUCCGCCUUGUCUGAACCGAAAGUUGUGUUUUGGAAAGGCAGCGGGUUUAAUUCUCUCUCUCCUCAAGGGAGGUCACAUGAGACAGCCAGUCUCCGCACUGGAGCAAAGCGCGAGCAAACAUGGAAGGCGCUUGCCGGGUAGCUGUUUGGAGGCUGCUGUUCUUGUUGUGCAACGUGAUGCAGGAUCUCGUUAGGUCAGCCCCGGCCCGAGCAAGUCCUGGGGCGACCUUCGGUGUCGGUCAGUUCUGGCAUAUCACUGAUUUACAUUUGGAUCCCACCUACCAUACUACAAUAAAUCACACUCAGGUUUGUGCCUCUUCCAAAGGGAUGAAUGCCUCCAACCCAGGCCUAUUUGGAGAUUUCAUGUGUGAUUCCCCAUAUAAACUUAUCUUGUCAUCUUUCAAGUACAUGAAGGAUUCUGGCCAACAGGCAUCCUUUAUGAUAUGGACAGGAGACAGCCCCCCUCAUGUUCCUGUUAAAGAACUCUCCACAAAAAUGGUUAUUGAUAUUAUUGGUAACAUGACUUCUACCAUAAGAAGUUUCUUUCCAGAACUUCAAGUUUUCCCUGCAUUAGGAAAUCACGACUACUGGCCACAGGAUCAACUGCCUGCAUCUGUCAGUGAAGUUUACAAUGCUGUAGCAGAUUUCUGGAAACCUUGGCUUACUGAUGAAGCAGUGAACACCUUGAGGAAAGGUGGCUUUUAUACACAAAUAGUUCAGCCCAGCAUUACUUCACCACCGCUUCGGAUAAUCAGUUUAAAUACUGUCUUGUACUAUAGUCCCAAUAAUGUAACACUGAAUAUGACUGAUCCAGCACACCAACUGGAAUGGCUGGAACACAUACUUGAGAUGGCAUAUCAGAACAAAGAAAAGGUAUAUGUGAUAGGACACGUGCCAGUAGGCUAUCUGCCUUUUGUUCGAAAUACAACUGCCAUGAGGCAAUUCUACAAUGAGAGGUUGAUAGCGAUUUUUCGCAAGUACAGCGGAGUGAUUGCUGGACAGUUUUUUGGACAUACUCACAGAGACAGUAUCAUGCUUCUCCUGGAUACAAAGGGAAAACCAGUAAACUCCUUGUUUGUAGCACCUGCUGUAACACCAGUGAAGUCUCUAUGGCAGGUGGAUUCCAACAAUCCUGGAGUGAGAUUAUAUCAAUAUGAUCCGCUCUCAUACAGCAUUCUGAAUCUUUGGCAGUUUUAUUUGAACCUCACGGAAGCCAACAUGAAAAAUGAAUCGGAUUGGAAACUUGAAUACAUUAUGACCAAAGCUUAUGGAAUAAAGGACUUAAAGCCAGAAAGUCUAUAUGGAAUGGUAAAGCAGCUCAGUACACCACAUAGCACAUUGUUUCCAAAGUAUUACAACAACUACUUUGUAAGUUAUGAUGGAAACAAGCUCUGUGAAGAGCACUGUAGGGUCACCCAACUCUGUGCAAUCAAGUAUUUGGACUUCACCUCUUAUACAGACUGUAUUGGAAAUGAAGAUACAUCACAAUAUGGGUAAAACGGUGUUCGCUAAAUGUAAAACCCAAACUCCUUAUGCCAUAGCAUAGUUAGAGGCCUGAACAAUAACUAAAUUGAUUUUUUAAAAGUCCCUUGUACAUGUUGUUAGCAUAGCUCGCAGAUAAAAACGAAUGCUUUUUAGUUCUUAUGAGCACAUUUAAAUAUUUCCUUAUGUCACUGCAGCAAUUCGGGCAACUGGAGAAGUUGUUCAAUAUGUUCAAAGCAAAAAUGCUUCUGAAGAGAAUUCAAGAAAAUGUUCCAUUCAAAUGCAUAAAGUAUGUAAGCCAUCAACCUUUAGAAAACCUAGGAUCCAGUAGACACUCACUUUGUCAGGAAUCUUAUUUUAUGUAUUAUUCAAUUAUGGGAUGUUUUGACAUACAUGUAGGCUUGGGCAUCUCACAAGAUUUGUACCAUUUUUCAUCUGUAAAAAUGUAAGAUCCAUUCACCAUGAAAAUCUUAAGAACAUAAGAUCAGACCAGAGUCCAUCUAGUCCAGCUCUCUGCUAACUGCAGUGGCCCACCAAGUGCCUUUGGGAUCUCACAUGCAGGAUGUGAAA